UCCCCCUUCGCCAGCUCACGUUCCCUUUCACCCAAACUUCCUGGAGGAUCUCUGCACAUAUGUUAUACACGUUUUCUCCGCGAUCUAUCGGCUGCAUCUCGCACAUGCUGAAGUUCCCUAAGGUGGUUCUUGUCUCGGUCGUGGUGCACGUAGCUCAUGCCAUGGAUCUCUCCUACCGAGUGCGAACGAUGAGACAUGGCAGAGCCGGAUUUAGUCAGCCAGUUGGACGGGCUACUUGCAAAGUAGACGGGUCUCGUAAUCAUCGUUAUGACGGUCGCCGCAUAGCUCAUUCUAGUCUCGUCGAAAGAGGGCGUGUCCACAAGGCUGCAAACACGCCAUCGUACUUCGCGGAGCCGAGUCGCCUCUGUGGUACCACUUAACAAGCAUCGGACUCCGAUCCAAUACCAAUGCGCAGCUCAGGCCUCUCGUCAGCCUAAUCAACCGCCAUAUUCUGUAGAUCCAUUGGGCGUAUCAUUCGUCUCAGUAGCCUGCUUGCGAUUAUUUCUCCUGCGCGUCUUGUCCUAUGGCUGUUCACUUGGCGCUCAAUUACCUUGACAGGUGGUCAAAUCAUAUGAUGCAGGUGGUCCCGAGUG